CACCCACAGAGAGGUGGUGGUCCUCCUGACCUCAGCCUGUAAGCUGCCUAGGACAGUGGCCUGGUCACGGGGGCCCGUCGAGGGGAGGUUGGGAAGUGGAAGAACACUCUGGCCUCCUCCAUCAUGUCGGCCAAGAGGGUGGAACCGAAGAAGACAAGCCUGAGCAAGAACUACAAGGCAGUUUGCCUGGAAUUGAAGCCGGAGCCGAUCAAAACAUAUGACUACAAAGGAGCUAAACAAGAAGGGCCAUUUACCAAACCAGGAGGGACAAAGGAGCUAAAGAAUGAACUCAGGGAAGUGCGGGAAGAGCUGAAGGAAAAAAUGGAGGAGAUAAAACAGAUAAAGGAUGUAAUGGACAAGGAUUUUGAUAAACUCCAGGAAUUUGUGGAGAUUAUGAAGGAAAUGCAAAAGGAUAUGGAUGAGAAGAUGGAUGUUUUAAUAAAUAUACAGAAGAACAGCAAGUUUCCCCUUAGGAGAGGACUGAAGAUGCAGCAAGAACGCAGGCUGAUAGGAAAGACAGACACAGAGCCACAGGUCCGGCUCAGGACAAUGGAUGGGGCUGGUGGAGCACCACUCUCCCUUCACAAAAAGAUGGCGGCACUGCAACAACCAAAAGACCCAAUGGAUCCCCUUCACCAGUGCGACUCCUGCUUUGAGAAAUGUUUGUUGUGUACCCCACAGAACAACUACGAUCGGGGGAAACUUCCAUACCACGCCUGGGCAUCCUUUUCACCCUUGGCGUCUGGACCUGCUUUCUGAUUUAUCUGUACUUCAACUCCUGUGUGACCGAGGACAUAGUUCCAACUUAAUGCUGCCUCAGGACACAUCAGCGGCUUGGGUUCAGCCUCUCCCCACUCCUUGAAACUAUCCUUGAAAGGCUUGCGGCCUUCUCACAUACCACCCUGCCCCCGGCUUCUUCCACCCGGAGAGUAAAAUCUUCAUUUAAAGCCAAAGCAGGAGUCAAAGUAUUGAAUAUCAGGCUCAAACUUGAGUGUGGAAGGAGUAUCACUUUUUUAGAUCAAAAUCAGUGUGUUUCAGACUCCAGCCUCUCUUCUUGCUUCCUCAUGGUUCAGAGGGAAAUCCUUAGGUCAUCCUUAGUGUCUCCACUGCCUCCCUCCACUUUACCUGAUUCUACAGAUGUCCCAGGUCAAAGGGAAGGCCCUGAAGAUAUCCUAUGCUAUUCUGUAUGAUCCCAGAAGUGUGUGUGUGUGUGUGUGUGUGUGUGUGUGUGUGUUGGGCAAUAGGAGGAACUCCUCAGCCCAGGGUCUAGCCUGCACUGCCUCCCUCUGUGGUCUCAUUACCAAGCAGGACUUAAGGCUCCACUGUUCAUGGGAACUUGCUCCCUUUUGGGGCUCUGAGGAUCCACCCUUAUUCUCUGGCAUGUUUCCUCAUCCCCACCCCACCUGAAGGAGACCUUGCCCUUCAGAGGCCUUUAAAGGUGGGGGCGGGCCAUUGACCUCCCACUGCCCCAUGCUGUGUCCUGCCCAAAAUCCCUCCACCAAGAUAAGGGGAAGCCUGGCUGCUGCCUUGAAAUGAGAAUGAAGAAAGAUUCAGAGAAAAUCGGACUUCAACAAACUAUGCUGCCAUGAGUGAAAUUCUUUGGAUUCAGUUCAAUGUCCUCUGUGUCUGCAUCUCCACUGUUGCCCUACAAAUAAGUUCAUCAGUACCAUUUUUUCUAGAUUCCAUAUAU